ACGUGAAAUGUCACCAUAAUGAUUAAUGCCUUUUCAGUGACACGGCGAAAACGCUGAUGGUUGACCUAGUCUCCUUCUUCAAUCUAAGAACACGACUUUUGAGUCUCCUACCUCUAAGUCUCCUUCCGGGUUGCACUGCAAAUUGCAAGUUGUAAAGUGUGCUGCACUGCAUAGCUGCCUGAUACAAACAUGAAUAGUAGAAUUUCCCUUCUUAUUGCUUUCCUGCUUCUUUUUUUCUCUCUGGGUUUUCAAUCCACUAAUAAUACUGUCACGGAUACCAUCUUACCUGGCCAAUCACUGACACACCCGGAGACCAUUGUGUCGCCUAAUGGAAUCUUCGAACUUUGUUUCUUCUCUCCAGGAAAUUCGACAAAGUAUUACUUGGCAAUACGAUUCAAGAAUGUUUCUGAGCAGAGUGUAGUUUGGGUUGCGAACAGAAAGUACCCAUUCCCUGAUUCCACUCCUGUUCUCAAUAUUAAUCAGGAUGGAGAUCUUGUAAUAUCUGAUGGCACAAUGACAUUCGCCAUGACCAACACUUCAGCUGGCAACGGUACCCAUGCCAUGCUGUUGGAUACAGGUAAUCUUAUACUCACAAACAGGGUCUUAGAGCUUUUUUGGCAAAGCUUUGACUAUCCUACUGAUACUCUUUUGCCCGGAAUGACUCUCGAAUAUAGUCGGCCAUUAACAUCGUGGAAAAGUAAAGAAGACCCAGCUCCUGGUAAUUUCACCCUACGGCUGGAUUACUCACUGACAAUAAUGGAGGGGCCUGACGUAUAUUGGACUGGUUCACUCGCUAGCUUUGUUGUUUUGUCUUCUAAUUCUUGGCCUACUAUUAAAUACACUUCUCAAACUCAAAUUUCGAGAAUCGUGUUGGAUGAAACCGGGAAGCUUAAACUGCAGUCAUGGUUACAAGAAGAGAAAACGUGGAAUACCUCGUUACAGUCAUCCAGGUGUGGGGAUUAUGCUUUAUGCGGCGCUUUUAGUGUAUGCAAUGAGACUGCGCAAGAACCAUGUGGAUGUUUGCCAGGUUUCAAACCCGUUUCUGCUGGUGCUGGUGCUUGGAGCAAAGGAGACGUGUCCAACGGCUGUGUGAGGAAAACUGCUCUGCAGUGCAGUAAUAAUAGUGAUGUUCAGAAGGAUGGGUUUUUUCGCAUGUCUAAAGUUGAUUGGCUUGAUAAUAAACCGCUGAGAUCGGAGAUUAGCAGUGAUAAGGAGUGCCAAUCAUCUUGCUUGAACAAUUGUUCUUGUAUUGCUUAUGCUUUUGAGCAAAAGUUCGAUCUCAAUAGGACCAAGUCUGGCUGCUUAACAUGGCAAGGUUCAUAUCUGAAGCAACUAUCAAUCGAAGAUAAAUAUGGAAAUGAUUUCUACCUGAAACUACCCCCCCAAGAAUUGGUCACCAAUGACUCAAGCUCAAAGAAUGAAUCUAACACAGCAGCGACACCUGGAGCAACUGAAGGAGUAAUGCUUGUACGAGCUAAGCAAUUAGUAGCCAUACUGGCUAUAUCUCUGCCUCUUGCAACGCUUAUGUUGGGCCUCUUUCUCUGUUGUGUAUGGAGAAAACUCAGGAUGACAAGCAAGGGUGAGGAUUUGGUACAGUUAGAUUUGGGCAUGACCAUAAAGUCUGAAAAUUCGGAGCUGCUGGAAGUAAAUAAGCGUGGAGAUAUCAGGAAAAAGGAAGUCAAAAUGCCAUUAUUCAGUUUUGCGAGUGUUUCUACUGCAACUGAUAAUUUCUCCGAUGCAAAUAAGCUUGGAGAGGGUGGUUUUGGACCUGUUUACAAGGGAAUAUUACUGAAAGGGGAUUUGGUAGCUGUGAAAAGGCUUUCAAGAAGAUCGGGCCAAGGUUGGGAGGAGCUAAAAAAUGAAGCUAUGCUCAUAGCCAAGCUCCAACACAACAAUCUUGUUAGACUUUUGGGCUGCUGCAUUGAACGAGAUGAAAAGAUACUAGUAUAUGAGUAUAUGCCGAAUAAAAGUUUGGACUUCUUCAUUUUUGAUCCAGAAAAGCGUAAGAUUUUAGAUUGGCAAGCACAGAUUCGAGUGAUUGAAGGCAUUGCACAAGGGCUUCUUUACCUUCAUCAAUAUUCUAGGUUGAGGAUUAUUCAUAGAGACUUAAAGGCUAGCAACAUUUUGUUAGAUAGCGAAAUGAAUCCGAAGAUAUCAGAUUUUGGAAUGGCAAGAAUAUUUGGAGGAAACGAAUCACAGGCAAAUACAAAUAGAAUCGUUGGCACUUAUGGUUAUAUGUCCCCUGAAUAUGCUUUGGAAGGCCUCUUUUCUAUCAAGUCAGAUGUUUUCAGUUUUGGUGUCUUGCUAUUAGAGAUUGUGAGUGGUAGGAAGAACACUGGGUUUUAUCAAACCGAUUCUUUCCAUCUUCUUGGAUAUGCAUGGGAGUUAUGGACAAGUGACAGGGGAUCGGACUUGGUGGAUCCACUACUUGAUGAUGUAUCCUCUAUUCGUGUGGCAUUGAAAUAUGUUAACAUAGGUCUCCUCUGUGUUCAAGAAAAUGCAGCGGAUAGACCUACAAUGUCUGAUGUUGUCGCAAUGCUUAGCAAUGAAAGCACAGCUCUACCUUAUCCUAAACAACCUGCUUUCUUGAAUAUGAAAAGUGUGAUGAAGGCAAAAACAGAUAAUAGCAGGGCAGAAAUCUGUUCUGUGAGUGAUGCAACUGUUUCAAUUAUGGACGGCCGGUAACAUUUUUGAAUUAAAGCCAUAAGCAUUAGUAUAUCCUAGUAAAUCAUCCAAAAACUUUCAAUUUCUUUUCCUAUGGCCUAACAACAUUAUUCAAAUGUAUUAUGGUUCUGAUAUGUAUCAUCAAAAGAUCCGUUGGUACCUGACAUUCGAGAGAUUAGCUUCUUGCAUUGCUCUGGUGGAGACAAGCAUGUCUGAAUUGAAAUUCAAGGUCUUUCUGUCACUUCAAAGUGGCAAUGCUAAUAUAGGAAGCCAUAUUAUGAUGGAGAACGUAUAUUUUUGUUUUUGUUACAACCCUACAACAACUAUUUUAGAGUGAUUUUGAGAGAGGACAAUUUUGCAUUUGCGUAAAAAAAUAGUCUCAUAAAUGAAUGUUGAUUAUCUAGAAGCUUUGCAAUAAUAUUCAAGAGAAAUGUUGUGAAUAAGAA